AUGAAAUUAUUAUCAGUAUUAAUUACAUUUUUAUUAGCUACAGUGAUUUAUUCACAAACUAAUCCAGCAACUUUAACAUUUACUGUUCAAGUUUAUGAUCAAUUCCCAGGCUAUAAUAAUAAUUUCCAAACUAAUGGUGCUGGUGCAAGAGUUACUGGUUUAAUUAAAUCAACUUUAAAUUCAACAACUCGUGUACCUGAAUUGGUUUCAACAGCUACUGGUGGUUUAAAUGGAGUAGGUCUUAUAUUGAACCCAUCAUUAUUCCCAUACUUUUUCAGUCCACAACAAGAUUCAAGUUUACCAGGUCAAAAUUCACCAUUAAGUCUUGAUUUAGUUUUCACUUAUGAUACUACUAGAAAUAUUUAUGUCUAUAAUAAUCAAAACUUUUUCCCAAUUGAUAAUCAAGGUCUUGAUGUUGAUCCAGCAAAAAGAAUUUAUUUAAAUGGUGCUACAUAUCAUAAUUAUCAUUUUUGUAUGAAAAUGAAUACUGUUUUUACUUAUAAAGGUUAUGAAGUAUUUAAUUUCCAAGGUGAUGAUGAUGUUUGGGUAUUUAUUAAUAACAAAUUAGUUAUUGAUCUUGGUGGUGUACAUGGUCCAUUAGCUGCAAGUGUUGAUGCAACAACAUUAGGUUUAACAAUUGGUAAUUCUUAUAAUUUUGAUUUAUUCUUUUGUGAACGUCAAACUGUUGGUAGUACAAUUAAAAUUGAAACCAAUUUAUUAUUUGUUUGUCCAUUUGAAGAUUAUUGUGGAGUUUGUCAAGGUGAUGGUAGUUCAUGUUGUAAUCCAUUAACAACUUGUAAUGAUAAUAAUCAAUGUACAAUUGAUUCAUGUCCACCAGCAAACACAACUAUUGGUUCAGGUUCAAUCUCUGAUUAUUGUAUUCAUACACCAAAAAUUAAUACAAAUCCAAUUGAUAUUUGUUUCAAUUAUCAAUGUAAUUCAUCAACUGGUAAUUUCGAUCCAAUUCCAAUUCCAUGUCUUGAUAGAAGUUCUGAAUGUUUAUCAACAAUUGGUUGUAAUUCUACUGUUGGUUGUCAAUAUGAAAGUAUUUGUAAUUCAAAUGUUUGUAAUAUUCAAAAUCAAUGUUCAUCAAAUGGUACUUGUGUUCCAAAAUCAUCAAAUGACUGUGGAAUUGAAUUAGAUGGUCAAGUUGAUAAAUGUAAAAUUUAUUCAUGUGAUUCAAAUGGAGGUGUUGGUUGUAUUAAAGAAGAUAAAUGUAAACCAAGUGAAGAUAAAUGUCAUGUCGUAUCAUGUGAUUCAUUAACUGGUUCAUGUAUUACAACUCCACUCGAAGAUCCAUUAGCUGGUUUACAUUUAUGUUCAAUUGCACGUUGUAAUUCAUCAACUGGUGAAUUUACAUAUGAUCCAAUUAUUUGUACACCAAGUAGUAAUCCAUGUAUUUCAACUCAAUGUAAUGCUACUAACGGUCAAUGUUAUGAAACUCAAAUUCCAGGUGAUAUUUGUGAUUGUGGUUGUGGUAUUCCAGAAAAUAAAUGUAAAGUAUCAUGGUGUACACCAGAAGGUAUUUGUCAACCAAAAUUCAAAUCUGAAAUUGAUGAUAAUAACUCUUGUACAUUAGAUUCAUGCGAUCCAUGUACUGGUAUUAUCUCUCAUAUGACCGCACCACAAUGUUUAAGUUGUAAUCAAUGUUCAAAUUAA